UCUCUCUCCCCCAGAUAUAUACACAUAAUAUAUGUAUAUAUGUUUCUUGAUCUCUUUCUUCAUCUAUAAAUAGAAAGGACUUGUAGCAAGCAACACUGUAGUGAUCACAGUAACUUGACACAAAAAGAUUUGAAGUUCUCUUCAUUUUGUUAGCUCUCUCUCCCUUGAGCGGUUCUUGUAGAGAGAUUAUCUUGGAUCAUCAAUAAAUUAAAGAGAGCGAUGUCAAGUAGCAGCUGCAUAGAUGUAGCAGCAGCAUCCGAGCAACUGUGUUAUAUCCCUUGUAACUUUUGCAAUAUUGUUCUUGCGGUGAGUGUACCAUGCAGCAGCUUGUUUGACAUAGUGACAGUAAGAUGUGGACACUGCACCAAUCUGUGGUCUGUGAAUAUGGGCAUGGCUGCUGCGUUUCACCAGUCUCUCUCAAAUUCCAAUUCCACCUCCCAAGAUUCUACUUCUCAUCAGCACGGCCAGCAGGCUCCCAACCACACUGCUUCGAAUUAUCGAGUUGAUUUGGGUUCCUCUUCGAAGUACAACAGCAGGAUGCCGAUGAGGCCAUCUCCAGCUUCGAUUACCAGUGAACAAAAGAUCAAUCACCCUCCAGAAAAGAGGCAACGAGUUCCUUCUGCAUAUAACCAGUUCAUAAAGGAAGAGAUCCAGAGGAUUAAGGCGAAUAAUCCAGAUAUCAGCCAUAGGGAAGCUUUUAGCACUGCUGCAAAAAAUUGGGCACAUUUUCCUCACAUUCAUUUUGGGUUGAUGUUGGAAGCUAAUAAUCACCAAACCAAACUUGAUGAGUUGAGCUGUGUGCAGGGAUCGGAGAAGCGACUAAGAUCAAGGGCUGCGUUAUUCAAGAAAUGAUCAGAAAGCUUGAUUUUAAGAAGAAACUAAAACCAAGCGAACCCUCCACCGAUCUUCUAUAUAUAUUUAUAUUUUGAGCUUCAAGAAAACUAUGGCCUUAAUUAUAACUUGUUUUUCAGGGCAUAAAUUAAUAUUUGGAUAUUUUCAAAUUGUAUUUUACAAUCAUUUGAGUGAUGUUAUUUGUGUAUUUUAAUUUGUUUUCAAGAACUAAGCUACUUUGGCUUGCCUUAAAUAAUUCAUCCACCAUAUUUUCAUAUUCUUGUGUAAAUAUAUAUUCAUGAUA